AUGGCGGAAGAACCAGAUUAUUCCAAGCUUCCUUUGGAAGAGCGUUUAGCUCAUAAAGUACCCUACAUUGAAAUCACAAACCAGUUCGAGAAAAGUCCAAAUGAGGAGGCAGAAGUUUUUAUUCCUUUCUUAUCAAACCCAGAUCUAUUCAAGAAGGUUGUGACAGAUAGUAAUGUCGUUGCACAUGAAUCAGGUAUAGCUGCAUUGAUUGCAUUUCUAGAGUAUGGUGGUCCAAAAGCUGCUCUAAGGGUGAGAAAUCAUGUUAUAACAGGACUAUGUGAGAAAGGUCUUUCGUCAUCAAGAGCUGGUACAAAACAGAAAUCUAUAGACGCGUUAUUGUGGUUAGUUGAAUUAGAUACACCAGAUCCAGUGGUAGAGCAAAUGUUACCUUGUCUUUCAGCCAAAUUACCAAAAUUAGUCUCAGGUACCGUAAAAGCCCUUGGUGAAAUCUAUAAAGCAUUUGGUGCUCAAACUGUUAGUCCCAAACUGAUUUUACCAAGCUUACCUAAAUUGUAUUCCCAUGCUGAUAGAACGGUUAGAGCUGAAACUUCCACUUUGACAGUUGAAAUUUAUAAAUGGAUGGGUCCUGCUUUGGAACAAGUAUUAUUUCCAGAAUUGAAACCAGUUCAACAGAAAGAUUUAACUUCAGCUUUUGAAAAAGUGAAGGAUGAAAAACCCACACAAACUAGAUUAUUGAAAUCUCAAAAGGAUGCACUAGAAGCAGAGUCAGCCACACAAAAUGGAGGUAACAAUGGAGCUGAAGGCGAUGAAGAUGUUGUUAUGGGAAAUACUGAAGAAAUUGGCCAGGUUGAUGCUUAUGAUUUGAUGGAUCCUGUGGAUAUUCUAUCUAAAUUACCUGAUGAUUUUGGUGCAAAAAUGGCAAGUGCUGCUAACUGGAAAGAAAAACUAGAAUUUUUGAACGAGGUAAAACCUGUUUUCAAUGUAAUAAAAAUUGCAAAUGGUGAUUAUGGUGAAUUGGUCAAAGUAUUCGCCAAAUACGUCAAGGAUGUGAAUCUUCAAGUUGCAACAGUUUCAGCAGAAUGUAUACAAUCAUUAGCCAAAGGUUUAAGAAAGAGAUUUGAAAAAUACUAUCAUUUGGUUUUGAGUACGUUGUUAGAGAAGACAAAGGAAAGAAAAUUAACAGAAAUUUUGAGCUCAACUUUAGAUGCUAUAUUCGAAAGUACAUCUUUAUCUGAUGUUUUGGAUGAAACUUUGGAAGCCACUAAACACAAGACACCACAAGUAAGAUUAGUGUCUUCUCAGUAUCUUAUUAGAAUUUUGAAAGAAACCAGAACUGCACCAACAAGACCUGAAAUUGAAGGCAUCAUUACUGCAUCACUUAAAUUAGUUGGUGAUACAUUACCGGGUGUGAGAACUAACGGGUUUGAAGCUGUUGGUGUCUUAAUGAAGAUAACAGGCGAGAGAGAACUAAACCCAUAUUUAGAGAAAGUUGAUGACAUCAAGAUGAAGAAAAUUAAAGAAUUUUAUGAAACUGCUGAGGUCAAAUCCAAAGUGUCAGCUCCAAAACCAAAACCUGCUCCUGCUGCUAGAACAGCGCCAUCAUCAGCAAAAGCACCAGCUAAACCUGGAGUCAAACCUGGCGUUGCUACCAAAAGAAAAUCACUGGUUCCACCAAGAGCAUCAGCUGUUCCAAAAUCUGGUAUAAGUUCUGCUUCAUCUACCACAAGUGCUAGUUCUACAUCAACAUUACAAUCUAAGAAAAAAUUACCAUCUGGAUUAUCAACUAUUCCUUCUAAAAGAGGUCCAACAUCACCACUUAAAAGUGACCAAUCUGGCUCUAGAAUAGGAGGCAUUGGAAAUAGAGGAUUGACUGGAAGAUCUUUACAAACACCAUCAUCGUUAAAUCAUCCACUACCUUUAAAACAAGAUUCAGGGAUUAAUGAUGCUGAGAAAGCUGAAUUAGAGGAAUUGAGAACAGAAAAGCAGAAUUGGUUAAAAGAUCGUGAAAAAUUAAACUGGCAAGUACAAGAAUCUAUAGCAGAAAGCUCAAGACUAAUGACAGAGAUUCAAACACUUUCGAGUAAAGUUGAUAAAUUAAAUGAACAACGCACAAAUGACGCUAUGAAUAUCAAAUCCAAAGAUACACAACUACAAAGAGCCCAAUCAGAUGCUGAAAUUGCACGUUUGAAGAUUUCUCAACUUGAAAAUGAAAUUCAACUAAUAAGGAAACAAAGAACCUCAUCAUUAAACUCAUUUGGUACCUCAAAUAGUCAUGUUGAUAUUCAAUCAGCAUCAAGUUUUGAAUCCAUUGAAAGACCGAGACAAUUUUCACCUUUACAAGAAACAAACGGUGUGAGAUCUGAACAUUCAAACAAAUCAAGUUUGGAUAGUAUAGAUAGAAAGGUUGGAAGCUUAACCAUAGAUAAUGAACAAAAGGAGAAUAAUAUUUUGAGCCCGACAGUUCUGGAUACAAAUGAUGAUAGUUGGAGAAGAGCAGCUGAAGUCACAUCACAAUUGAAAGCUAGAAUUGAGAAAAUGAAGGCCAAAUCCAGAAAUAGUAUUCCAUCUUCUUCCGGUUAUAGAUAG